AUGGAAGCGGGAGAGUCACAGAACACUAAACAGGAAAUAUUGAUACCAACAGCAUCAUUUUAUACCGCCGCACGAAAUAGAGGAAACCGGAAGUCAUUAUACCGGACUGAGCAUUCAAAGAAAAAGUGCGUUUACUGUGAUGAAAUACAUAUGGGAGACUGUAAGAAAGUAAUUGAUGUUAAAUCGCGCAUUCAAAUCAUAAAGUUAAAACAUUUGUGUUUUAACUGCCUGAGUAAAGGUCACCAAGUGUCUGGAUGUCCGUCCAAGUCGCGUUGUCGCCAGUGUCAUGGUAAACAUCAUACUAGUACAUGCAGCCAUUCCCAAUCGACAUUUCCCCAGAACUACACAAAUAAGCAUGUCAUAGGAAAUCAUGAAACACAACAGUCUGAGGUAACCGGAAGUUAUAGAAACUGGAGUACUAAUAUUGAAGCCGGUGAUACAACUAUAUUAUUUUCAAAAACCCACCACUCAGAUGUUUUAUUAAAAACUGCGACAGCCCCUGUUUGUGCUAAUGGACGAUAUGCAGAAGCAAAUGUUCUUAUGGACGAAGGAGCCCAAAGAUCUUUUAUCACCCAAAAGUUAGCCGAUAAACUUCAAUUGAAUAUUGAUGGAACAGAUAUUAUACAUUUAUCAGCGUUCGGCGACCCAGCGCACAGCGUUCAACAUCUUAAUACGGCAACUAUAAAUUUAGUAGCAGACGACGGAAUGUUAAUCCCAAUCCGAGUAUUGAUUGUUCCCGUGAUAGCAAAGCCCAUCAAUAAUGUAUAUCGCAACUCCAUCAAACACUUGAAAUAUCUACAAGGACUCAAACUUGCUCACCCUGUUACCAUGGAUACCACAUUCGAUAUAUCACUAUUAAUUGGUGCUGAUUUUUACUGGCAGAUAGUUGGCGACAAAAUUAUUAGAGAUGAUGGACCCACUGCUGUAAGUUCCCGCAUUGGUUACUUCUUAUCCGGCCCACUCCAUGUAGAGAGUAGUUAUCCACCUUCCAAUGUUAUGGAAGUCAUAGCAACCCACGUAUCUGAAACGACAGACCUCACUCGAUUUUGGGAUAUAGAAUCAAUGGGUGUUUCAAAAGGAGACUGUGAAGAUACCGAUGCCUCUUCUUAUCGACAACAUUACCAGAAAUCGUGUAUUUCAUUCUCAGACGGAAAUUACACAGCGAAGUUGCCAUGGAAACAGAAUCAUCAACCCCUCCCUUCAAACUAUAACAUUACGAAGAAAAGAACAGAAUGUACAAUAAAACGCCUAAGUCAGAAGCCCCAAAUGUUGAAGAAAUAUAACGAUAUUAUAAAGGAACAAGAAAAUAGAGGUUUCAUUGAAAGAGUAGACGAAAGUUCCAAAAAACGCGUGCAUUAUAUACCACAUCAUGGAGUUGAAAAGAAUUCCACAACAACGCCCAUACGAAUAGUCUAUGACUGUAGUUGCCGCCAAUCAGAAAGAAGUCCAAGUUUAAACGUUUGCCUUGAAUCCACACCUCCAGACCUGAAUGAUCUAACCACCCUUCUGUUAAGAUUUCGGCUUGGUAGAUAUGCAGUAUCAACUGACAUAGAGAAAGCCUUUCUACAUGUCGGUCUACACGAAGAUGACAGAGAUGUUACCAGAUUUCUAUAG